AAAAAAAACAAAAUGUCAAAAGAAAAGUUUGUAAACAAAAACAAACGAAAACUUUCUUUCGAAUUAGUUUGCGGAAUGUAAUGUAUUUUCAAAUUGAAAUCAAACAAUGGAAGGAAUAAACGUUUUAUUAGGUUCAAUUAUAAAUAAAAAUGUGUGUUUCUUGUGUUUUAAAGAAAGUAUGAAUUUACAAAACGUCUAUGAUAGACUCGAAAUUAGGAGUCAACGUUUUAAUGAAAAUUUAACUUUAAACGAUAUGAUUCUAAAUUUGUUGCCUUCAUUCGAGCUGACAUUUACUAAGUCCUGUGUAGACUGCGCAGACCUAAUCAUCAGAAUGUAUAUUAAAAUACACAGAAAUAAUGUCAUGAAAAAAAUCAUUAAUAACAUUGUUGAUACUAUUGAUAAGGAAAUAAGUAAAAAUAAUUUAUCCCUCUUACAAAAUCAUGGUAAAAUAGAUAUAAAUAUAAAUUUUCAUAAAAUUAUGAAACAUUCAGUUAAGAUUUCCCAAAAUUACAACUUAUGUAAUACAGUAGACGAAAUUUACGAUGAUAACAUUGCAAAUAAAUCUGAAGAAAAGAGUCAAGAAAACCAAUGUUUAAUUUGUUUUAAGUUACUUGAUAAUAUCAAAGACUAUAAAAUCCAUGUGAAAGGUCAUAAACGAAAACGUAAAACAGUUGAUUACCACUGUAAUUAUUGCAAUUACAAAAGUCCAUCCAAACAGUCACUACAGGGGCACAUUAAUAAGAAACAUUUAAAAAUCAAACCACAUGUUUGCAACAUAUGCUACAAACAUUAUUACCAUAAAAAGAAUUUAAUUGAACAUGAAAAAAUACACUCACAAAUCAGGAAUGAAAUUUGCGAGGUAUGUGGUGAUAGUUUUAUUCAUAAAAAGAAUUUGCUUGAACAUCUGAAGCUACAUUCAGGUGAGAAGCCUUACCAAUGUGAAGUGUGUGACAGGAGAUUUAUAACUUCAGGCCGUAGAUUGGAACAUAUAAAGAGAUGUCACAGUGAAAAGAAUGAAUGUUGUUUACUGUGUGAUAAAAAGUUUAGUCUGAUCAAGGAGUUGACUCGACAUAUUAAGACAGUUCAUUCAUAGCUUAAAAAUU